UUGAAAAGACGUGUGCUUUCAGGACAUCCCAAUCUCAGGGCAUUCAUAUCACACUGUGGACAGAACAGCCUAACUGAAAGUGCUCAUGCAGGAGUGCCGCUUAUUUGCAUUCCAUUGUUUGGUGAUCAGAUGAGGAAUGCAAAAACUGCCGAAAAACGACAAACUGUCGUGCUUCUGCAUAAGCACGAAAUUUCAAAGGAAAUGUUGAUCAGUGCUCUGAAUGAGAUUUUAUACGGGGCAAAGUAUCAGAAAUCAGCUAAGUUGUUGGCGCAGAUGAUCCGCGAAAAGCCAUUUCCUUCGAAAGAACGACUUCUGAAGUACACGGAAUUCGCAAUCAAAUAUGGUCCAAUUGAAAAUUUCGAUUUAGCGGCCAAUAAGCUUACAUUUUUUCAAUACUAUUUGAUUGAUAUCAUUGUGCCUGCAAUUCUUGUUCCAUUUUUGCUCGGAUAUUGGUUUCUGAGGGUUCUUUCAUUGUUUUUGUUACGUGGAAAGUUUAAAAUUGAAUGAAA